AUGCAGUCAGCUCUUCCCCAGGUUUUCGGACCUGAGAAGGUCCAUCCAGAAAACCUCGUCGGUCACGUUGCCGUCAUUACCGGAGGUUCUUCUGGAAUUGGAUAUGAGGUCAGCCGAGCGCUGGCACAUGCUGGAUGCAGAGUCAUCAUCGUCGGCCGGAGCGAGGAGCACGGCCAAACAGCCAUUGGAGAGAUAAGCAAGGACAAUCCAGACGCGGAUAUUACUUGGAAGGAAUGCGACAUGGGAAAUCUUUCUCAAAUUCAAUCUGUUUUCACGGACAUCCGCGAGUCUCUUGAACGCCUGGACUAUCUCGUCCUGUCUGCAGGCAUUAAUGCGAAUCAGUACGGCUUAGGUGACGACGGAAUCGAGCGUGUUUUCGCAGUUAAUUAUCUCGCGCAAUAUUAUGCUGUCAAUCAACUUUGGCCAAGACUCAGGAAGACCAGCUUGAUGCCAGGGGUUAGUGAUCCUCGCGUGGUUGCCAUAUCCAGUCAACUGCAUCAGCAAGCACCAAAUCACGUCAAGUUUGAUUCAAUGGACGAUAUCAACAAUCCUAACCUCAGCCCAGUAGAGCUUUAUGGCAGAAGCAAGCUUGCGCUUAACCUCUUCAUCCGGUUUGGGCUGUUGGAGCGAGUAAUCAAGCCCACGAGUGAUUCUAUAUACGCACUGGCCGUGCACCCAGGCGCUGUCAACACUCCCAUGCAAGAGCAGUGGAAGGAUGCCUACCCGGGAAUUACGGGGAAAUUACUUUCAUAUGCUUUGAAAGCAAUAAGCAGAGAUCCUGAGCAAGGUUCAUACAGCACACUUUGGGCUCUGACCAGUUCUGAGAUUGAUGAGAAGGGCCAGAAUGGGGUGUAUUUUUCGGAUCCUGGGAAGCGAGGAGAUGAAAGCGAACAGGCGCGUGAUGGGAAAUUGGGAGCCGAGCUUUGGCAAUUAAGUGAGAAAAUCAUCAAGGAUAAAUUAGGUGACGAUGCCCUCACAUCGUGGGAAACAAGGGGAGGAAGUUGA